AUAUGUCAAAUUGUAGUUACCUAUAAAAUGAUUAUAAAAUAAAAAAAAAGUGGUUUAAUAGUAUAGGUUUAUUUAUCUAAUAUCUAGAUACUACUGUACUGAUCAUUUUCUCAUUAAAUGAAUGGGAACCGUGAACAAUUGCCAAUGAAAUAAAACGUUAAAAAGCAAAAAAUAGUUGAGACCUAUGCCUGCUACAUUAAAAACAAUGCAGUAUACAUCAGAUGAAGCAUAUACUCGACUUAUAAGUCACAACAUGACUGUGCCUCAGAGGAUAAAGGCUACUGGUGACUUAAUUGAUGAAGACAACACACCUAAUGGUGUCAUCUCUGGAUGGGACUAUGCCAAUGAAAAAUUUGAUAUGAAAGUACCUGAAAGAAUACUUGUUGUUGGUCAAGAUCAACACAUAGGUACUAAAGCACCACCGAGAGAAAUCCAAUUGGAUAAUGCAGUAUUACCAACUGAUCCAGGAAUGAUUAGAGUGAGCACACCACCUCGUGUUAUUACUCUCGACCAACAUUACUUUCCGUCUGCUGAUGAUUUUCCACAUGGAGCACCACAUUCACCUCCACGUUAUAAUCGAGUAGUUCGCUCUACAUCAGAAGGAAUAAAGAAUGUUUCCUCUAAUCUUGAGAACUUAAAUGAAUCAACUAUGACAGAGUCACACUUAGUACUUCGGGACCCUACACCCCCAAUGGUUCAUGGAGAAGGACUGUCUGCAUCAGAAGAACUGAUGCAUCUUCGUCGUCAGAUAGCCAAGUUGAAUCGCCGUGUUAUGUCAAUUGAAGCGGAGCAACUUCAAAGGCAACAAAAAGAGAAAAUUGCAUAUGCAGUCAGCAUUGCCUAUUUGUUAUUUAAAGUGAUCGCCUGGCUCAAUAGGUCUUAAUAAGAUAUGCUAUAAGAUGAAGUAUAAAUGUAUAGAAGAUUGACUUGAAUUCCCUGAACUUAACCAUAGCAUUCAGCAGUAUAAUAUUGUUUGUAGCAAUUUGAUUGAAUGAUGAAGUGUUUAUGACUAGUGCCUAUUUAAUUUAAAAAAAAAAUAGGAACAUUUUUCUACAACUAUGGUUGUUGGUUAGUUGUAUAGAGUAUGAAUUGUGUCUAUCUAUGGAUUAGCUCACUGCAUUUCAUGUAUAGUUAUGAAUUGUUAAGUUUAGUUAAAUCUUUAUUACUUUUGUUCUAUGGGUUUUCACUUAAUAAAACUUAAAUCAUU